UACGAGGAAAAAUAGAUUAUAGAGGCGAGAUGAAGGAAAUGAUAAAAUGACAGAUUCUGGGAAAAGAAAAGAUUUGUAUACAAUUAGAGAUGUCACGCAUGAUUUCAUCGUCACGGUCCAUGGACGCGGACAGGUUCUCCUCAUAGGUCUUGGUGUAGAUGGAAACAUUCGGGCUGUUCCCACCCAUAACAGUAGUGCUGAUGGGAUCUGUGUGUCCCUUUUACAGCUGACUCUCACUGAGAAUGGGGGAAUGGUACUGGGCCCGAUCAACCUGGACCUGAGCUGUACUCUAAAUAGUGAGGACCUCACGGGGGAAAUCAACCUCAUAAGUGGUGUCCCUAUAGAAGUGGCAGACAGGACCCUUAGGAUUUAUCAGGGAGGUAUCCCAAGCAGAAAACUACCACCUACCCCUGGGAUCACGGUCAAGUCCUCACCCCCUCCUAAACCCAAGAGAGAUGGGGAGACAAUACUGGAAGUGGAAAAAGAAAAAGAGAAGACACCAGUGCCGUUUAUAGACCCUGAACUCCUCACCAACAUCAAAUCAACAGACAAGCUGGCAGACCUGGCCGCGAGCUUUCUGACUAAACAGAUCAACCAGUACACAGAUACCAAACUGUCAUCAGCAAUCACCGACCAAAUCUUCUCUUUCCUACAGGAAGUAGCGGGUUACCAGCGUGCUGUGAUAGUGGCGUACAUCACUGAGAUAUCUCAGACUCUUGAGGAGAUGCCCGAGUCUGAACGAGAUCGACCGCUUCACAAACCCUCUGUCAGACUGCUAGUGGAACUACUCAGGCAAAUCAUGGACCCCCUGUCUCAUGUUGUGUUAAGCCUACAACUGUUGCGGACAUUCAGCCAUUUUUCUGAUAACUUGGUUGUCAUGGUGAACUGUCAGGCCGCGCCAGCAGUGUUGGGUUGUAUGGCUGUAUAUCUGGACGUCACGGAGAUCCAACAGUACGGACUGGACAUACUGGCCAGAAUAGCCACCUACCGCCCCAGACCAGCCGAAAAAAUUCCCCUGCGAGAAACGGCCCUAGAGAUGAUCCUUCGAUCUAUUCAGCGCCACCAGAAGAAUAUCCUCAUUGUCCCCCCAGGCUGUAGGACCCUCGUCAAUCUCACGUGUAGCCUUCAGGAAAAUCUCGACAACUUCCUCUCCACAGACACGGAAUCUUCACCGGAGGUUGAGGAAGCUGUGGAGAGAUACGACGCGUUACUGCGACACAUCUUCCAGCACGCUGUCCCCGUGAUCCAGUCCGUACUACAGGAAUACCCAAACAACCUGGACGUGAAGACUGAGGGCAGGCGCUUCCUCUACAACUACUCAAAAAUGACGCAGUUCAUGCAAAAGAAAAAGUUACAAGCUCUGUCUAAAUCAACACGAGAUGAGGAAAGCCAUGAGUUAACAGAGACUUUGACCACACCCAAAAUGUUUGUGUCUAAUGACCAGGAAGAGGAACCUGCAGGAAUUCUUAAAAAGACAGAAGAGAAGGGUUAUAUGGCUGCACUGGAUCGCAAAGUCCACUUCGCAGACAAAGAACCCCUAGACUCCAUGACCAGCUCAGAGGACGAGGAAGAGUCUGACCUUGACCUUCAGACCCCGGAGGUCAAGGCAAGGUUAGAAGUACAAGAGACUGUUAUUUUGAGUGAAGAAGCUGUUGAAGCUCUGAGAUUAAAAUCUGCCUCAUCUCAGGAAACUGGAAACAAUUCAGAAAAUGAUUCCCAAAUAGAGAGUGUUCAAAUGCGACGGAAAAAAUCAGAAGGCGAUAAAACACUCGAGAGAAGGUAUACAUCGGAAAUGAAAAUUAACGUGAGUGGGAGGGGGGAGAUACAGGAGGUGGUCGCUAAGUGUGGUCAAACUGACAUCACCAUAGCAACCAACCCCACCCUUAGCAACCCAGUGUCCAUAUUUUGUCCUACUGUAAAUUGUAGAGGUCAUGUACGCAACUCCGAGCCCAUUUGUCAACCUGACCCAAUGUUUGAUGUGAAUGAUAUUCCAGCAGGGGAAAAUGAAGACACAAACAGAAAUAAUGAUGGGAGUUCCAAAGUGUGUUCUAUUAACGAAUGCCAGACAAACAAACUAAGUGAAUAUGGCAGGAAAGAGGAUAAUGGUGUGUUAGAUCAGUCUUUGCAAGAAUCAUCAGACACAAGUAAAACUCAGUCUCCAAUUCCACAGGACACAAAUAACACUGGGUCUCCAAACCCACAGGACAUGAGUAAGACUCAGUCUCCAAACCCACAGGACACGAGUAAGACUCAGUCUCCAUACCCACAGGACACGAGUAAGACUCAGUCUCCAAACCCACAGGACACGAGUAAGACUCAGUCUCCAAACCCACAGGACACGAGUAAGACUCUGUCUCUGAUUUCACAGGAUUCUACAGAGGAGGAAGAUUAUGUUCCAAUGGAUUGGUCUCGGACUAACGGCCUCGGGACACAAGAGAAUGGACAGACUUGUGAAGAUGAAGUUCAGUUGAGGAAGAAUAAGUCAGGUCAAGAGUCGGGAGUGUUACGAUACUCCGUGUCAGACGUGUCGUUAUGUACAAAGGUCAUCAGGGCACAGGUGACUCACCACAUCAGCUCUUUGGUGUUUGAAGGAAAAGAUGCUCAGGCUCUUUCUGUCAUUGACAAACCACUGCACAGUCUUUUAGAGGUCAGUGGGGCACCACAAGGGUUACAGGCAUAUGUCAAAUCUCAGUACAACGACAGUAAAACCUUGAUGGACCUUGAUACAGCAUUUCUCAUCAGCACCAUAGAUGCCAUCAGAUACAGAUCUCUCUUUCAUGACCUUGUUCAGAAGAGUGUCCUUGAGGUCAUGAACUGUAUGUUUGGUAAAUACAGCCUUGAUGUCCUUAAGGUGGCCUUGACCUGUUUGACCUCUGUGUUCCAGAACCAGCAUAUCCUGUCUCUGUUAUCAGAGCCCAUAUUUCUGCAGGAGGUGAAGGGGGUUAUUUCAAAAUUAUCAGGUGUACUACAGACAGACAUACCAGCAAUACAGGAACUUCACACGGUGGUGAAUGACAUCAUCCCCAUAGAAUGAAAUGUGCAUCUAAUCCUGACCGCCUAUAGAAUAAUACACCCAGAUCUUCAGAUCCCCCCCCCCCCCCCCCCCCCCCCCCCCCCCCCGAUACAGAAACAAGUGGGAAGUGGGUGGUGAAUGAGAUCUUUGACACCAACCUGUUACCUGUUACCUAAAAUUUUUAUUUUUUAAAUUUUGUUCUGGACUUGUACAAAAUAUGUUGAAGGCAGGUAUUUGAAGAUUUUUGAAUCACUGAAGGUCAUGUAUGAAAACAAUAACAUUAAUGAAUAUAAAAUUGUUUGUUAAGUUUUAUAGAAAUGUUACACUAUCAAUAACAUUUUACUAAAAGUUUGAGGUGCCAUAAAUUAUUUAUAUGCUAGGCAACAGUAUUUUGUACUCAUGAACUUAAUAUUCAGGGGAAGUUGUUAAUGAGCUUAUAAAUGAUUAUAUUAAAAAAUUACUAGUAAUAAAAAAAAAACUGGUCAAAUCUAGAUCAUGACUUUAUAUUUUCACUCCAUUUGCAACAUGCUAAUUUACGGUGCAGUAACUAUGUGGAACUUGGUUUACUGUAGUUUCUACCAUUGGCUGCUCCUCAGCUUUUUGUUAACUUUAAAUCAUUGUUUUACGAACGGUUAUUAUCUGUACAUGAAUGUGAUUUGAUUGUAUGGUUUGAAAAUGACUGUUCUUUGUAUAAAUGUAUUGGCAUUUACACAAGUGUUAAUAUGAUAUUGAAAAUUUUUUGACAAAUACUUUUAAUUUGGUCACCUAAAUCUUAAUCUGUUGUUAUUCAUCAUAUAUGGGGUAUACUUGUGAUCAAUUCUCUUACCAGCUCUUGAUAUAAAUAUAUAUCAGUCAAACCUCGUUAUCUCGAACUCGAUGAGACCAAGAAAAUACUUCCAAGAUAUCCAAGGAUAUGAGAUAUCCAGGGUAAAAAACUGAUUGAAGAAAUAAGUGGUUGGGACUUCCAAAUCACUUCGACAUAUCCAUGGUAUUUGAGAUAUCCAUGUUCUGUUCAAGAUACCGAAGUUCAACUGUAUAUAUAUUUUUAUGAAAUUUUGAAGAAAAAUCGGCUUACACCUCACCUUGUCCAAUAUGGAAUUUUUCAAGGAUCCCAAAUAUUUCUAUAUUACCCCUUUAAUUGUCUACAUUAAUAUCUACCUGCACAGAACUUGGAUCACUAGCAAUUCUUAUUGAACAUAUGAUCCACCCAUAAAAAACUUGGAUCAUUAUCGAACCUAACUGAACAUUCCGCCUUCAUAGCAUUGUUAUGAAUUUUUUUUAAAAAAAGUUAUUAUCUACAUAUAAAGUUGUUAAAUUGUUGAUUAUAAGUUAUGUAAAACCAAGUAAGAAAACCUCACAUUCUUAUGAUUGUGUGAUUUUACGUUUUCUAUCAUGCUAAAUGGCCAUGAUUUUUUGUGAUUAUUUUUUUUAUUAUUAAUUUUUGAACGAUUUUAAAUGUUUAAUGAUUUUUAUGUAAUAAAAAUUUAUACAGGUAAUACACAAAUUGUCAUAUUACCAUUGUUUUGUUUUUUUUAAUUUACAUAGGAAAGAGUGUGUUGGAGAGACUGUUCCAAUUACAGAGUGCAAUAACUAUAUUUUUUAUAGGUAGCUUUAUUUACUGCAAAUUAAUUGUUCUAUUCUUGUAUAUUGAAUUACAUACAUGAAUUGUUCUUGAUUGACAGUUGAUUUAUGUCUUCAGCGUAAUACAUGUAUAUAUAUAAAUAAUUAUAAAUAUAUUUUAAAUUUGCUAUACAACUACCAAUAGUUUUACUUUUCUUUUCUUUUUUUAUAACAGGAAAUCCAGUUAAUAAAUAAUAUUUAACAUUGA